UAUUUCAUUUCAAAUAGUUUCGUUUCAUAAUUCAGAUAUAAAAUUAGAUAUAGCAUACACAGUUUUUGUAACUUUUUUGGCAAAAGUUAAGCAUGGACUCCGGAUUUACGACUAGUCAUACCGAAUCCGAUGUAUAUGAAAACAAAUAUUCAAGAGAUGAGGAUAAUAUGGAAAAAUUUUAUGCAACUGUCGGGAAUAUAUCCAGAAACAUGCGUAAGGGAGAUUGGACAUAUUUGCAACGCCAUCCGGAAAUUCGAGCCAUAAUACGUACCAUAAUAACUGAGGCCAUUGAGAAGAAACCCAGCAAUAUUUUUCAAUUUGCAGCUAAUCUAUUUCAGUGCAAUAAUGAAUUGGAGUUAGUCCGAAAGAUUAACAAACAACUGAAAUUGGUUAACCAACAGUUGAGGGGGGGAAACUGGGGACCGGCUGAUGGGGAAGUGUUAUUUACAGAGUCCAGUGAUGUUUUUACAGAAUUGAAAGCCGAGUGCAAGCCCAAAUUCUUGAAUCAAACAGUUGAACCGCAAAUGAGAGAGACCCGAGAACCCGUGGGUCCAGAAAACUUUAAGCCCAGUUGUCCGGAAAAUCUGGAGACCAAAUGUUAACGCUUACAAAAUAAUGUAACAAGCAUUUCGACAUUAAACCGCUCUUCUCUACCAAUACUA